CUGGAAAAAUGGCAGCUCCCAAUAGCAUGUGGUCUUGUCUGUUGCGGCUUGUUAGUUACGGGUUUCUCUUGAUUCUGAUUCUGGCACCAACACAGGCAGGUAGGAGGGGCAAUGUCGAAGAAUUAAGUGAUAUCAAGGAGUUCAAAAAACUUAUCCGAGUGAAAACGAACGUUUUAAUCUUAUUCACACCUUCUCUCAGAAGAGAAGAUGCUAAAUUUUUGAAAGAUUUUGACGAGGUGGCAGAAACUGUCAGGGGUCUCGGAACGCUAGUGACAGUAGAUUGUAGUGAGGCCAAGAAGCUGUGUAAAUAUGUCAAAGUGUUGUCUGCUAGCUCCGUUAUCAAACAUUACAAAGAUGGAGAGUUCAAUAAGGACUAUGACAGAGCACUUACUUACAAGUCGAUGAUGAACUUCAUGAAAGAUCCGACGGGAGAGAUGCCGUGGGAUGAGGACGAAACUGCGCAGAGCGUUCUCCACAUAGAAGAUGCCACGGGUGUGGAUUCUGUAAGAAGCUGAAGCCGGAGUUUGCAGUUGCCGCCACGCUGGUGAAGAACAGAGUGGUCCUGGCCGGAAUGGACGUGAACAAACCGGAGAAUUCGAUGGUGAACGCUGCCUUCAACAUCACUGGCUAUCCGACGCUGCUCUACUUCGAGCGUGGAGCAUUCCUGUACAAGUACGGAGGCGAAAACACGCAGGACGGAAUCGUCAAGUGGCUGGAAGACCCGAAGCCGCCGCAGGAGGUGCCGCAGGAGGCUGAGUGGUCGGGCGAGGAGUCGGACUGGCCGCACCAAGGCGGCAUAGAAACAUGCAUCGAGCGUGGACGUGGGGGUGGGUGGCCGCGACGAACUCGGUCGAAGUUCUGUCGCUUCGUCGAAGGUGGACGUCUGACGUCCGAAUCUCCCUCGCCCGACAGCAGCCUCGCUGCGGCACUGGGCCUGGCGGCGAGCUUCGGGCUGAAAAGGGAGCGAGGGAGAAGUGCGUUCUCGAAGAUGCGAGACGAACAGAAGGAGGAGGAGGUGUUCUAUGCGCCCUGGUGCGGCCACUGCAAGAAGAUGAAGCCAGAGUUAACGCAGGCCGCUGCCACGCUGAAGGAGCUAGGGGUGGAGGGCACGCUUGCUGCGGUGGAUACGACGAAGGAGAAUGCUCUCGGCCAGCGAUUCGAUAUCAAGGGCUUCCCGACGACAAAGUAUUUUGCGGACGGCGAGGCGAAGUACACGGUGAACGACCGCACGGCCGACGCCAUCGUUGAGUUCAUGAAGGACCCGAAGGAGCCCCCGCCGCCGCCGCCGCCCGAGCCGGCGUGGAGCGAGGUGCUGAGCGACGUCGUUCACCUCACUGACGACGAUUUCCGAACGACGCUGAAGAGGAAGAAGCACGCCCUCGUCAUGUUCUACGCUCCCUGGUGUGGUCACUGUAAGAAAGCGAAGCCAGAGUUCCAGACAGCAGCUGCGAAGUUUGCAGAAAACCCACGAGUGGCGUUUGCGGCCGUAGACUGCACCGUGAACACGGAGACGUGUAAGGAGUACGGCGUCACAGGGUAUCCGACGAUGAAGUACUUCAGUUACUACAAGACGGUGCAAGACUACAUGGGAGGACGGGAGGAGAAGGACUUUGUGCUCUUCAUGACGGACCCGUCCAACCCGAUGGCUCGCGAGUCUCCGCCUCCUCCGAAGCCGGAGGACUUCUGGAAGGAAGUCGAGGGGUCGGAGAACGUUCACCACCUCACGGCGGACAACUUCGACGCGUUCGUGGAGGAGCACGGGUCGACCCUCGUCAUGUUCUACGCGCCGUGGUGCGGACACUGUAAGACGAUGAAGCCGGGUUACAGCCAGGCAGCGACAUUGCUCAAGGAGCAAGGGGUUACGGCGGCGCUGGCGGCCGUCGAUGCGACGGCGGAGCGCGAACUCGCCACCCGCUUCGAGGUGAAGGGAUUCCCGACGCUCAAGUACUUCGGCCAGGGGGCGCCGCCGGCCAACUACGACCGCGGGCGAACUGCCAAAGACCUGAUCGCAUACAUGAGCGAGAGGGCAGCACCUGUUGCGGCCGCCAAGAAGGAGGAGCUCUGAGGAUGGGACGGCGCGUGUACGGUGGCGGCCCCCGGCAGUUUGGCGAAACGGGGAAACGGUGGUAUCAGCGGUGGCCGUGUCGGUGUAGGUGGCGCCGGUUCUGCGGACGUGCUCGGGCGCCGUCUGCCGUCUGCCUGCGGAGGAACGAUUUCGCGUCCGAGCGACGGCGUCUCGCCGACGUUGCCGAAUAUAUUUGACGAUAUAUUGGAUUCGAAUGCCGGCGUUGCGUGGUAUGUAAAUUAGCGACGUGGAGGGAUUGCGGCGGGGACGAGCAGCGGAAUAGAUUAACAGUCGCUGCGGUCGCCGCGCGGUCGUUUCACGAUGUCGUCGUGAGGUCAUCAUGAAAUCAUCACGUCGCCAUCGUGAGGUCAUCACAUGGUCAUCGUGAGGUCAUCACACGGUCAUUGUGAGGUCAUCGCAUGGUCAUCAUGAGGUCAUCACACGGUCAUUGUGUGCUCAUCACACGGUCAUCGUGAGGUCAUCGCAUGGUCAUCAUAAACUCGUCAUCACACGGUCAUUGUGAGGUCAUCGCAUGGUCAUCAUGAGGUCAUCACACGGUCAUUGUGUGCUCAUCACACGGUCAUCGUGAGGUCAUCGCAUGGUCAUCAUAAACUCAUCACACGGUCAUUGUGAGGUCAUCAUGAGGUCAUCACACUGUCAUCACACGGUCAUAGUGAGGUCAUCAUGAGAUCAUCACACGGUCAUUGUGAGGUCAUCGCACGGUCAUUGUGAGGUCUGCUACGUCCGACGUGGUUCAGUGACGAGGAGAUGAGAGUAUAUUAAUGAGGAAUCACGCAAAAGCUACCGUACUGUGCGUGCAUCCCUCCGAAAUCAUUCGAUCUUGCAGAAGGUAACGGCUCGAUUCCCUCGUCGAGUCACCGGUGUGACAAUCCCUGAAAUCGCGAGUCAUUUGGAGAGUGCGUAAACUUGAACUGCGGCAGGGGGUGUGAUGGUGUCAUCAUUACAUUGUUGUUUCACGGGCAGUGGGAAUAUAAUCAUGGUGAUCGAGUAGAGACUAAGUGUGGGUGUGCGUGUGUGCGUGUGUGUGCGUGUGUGCGUGGCAUGUGUGUGCGUGUGUGCGUGGCGUGUGUGUGCGUGCGUGCAUGCGUGGGUGUGCGUGUGAAGUUUUUUUUUAUACAUUCUAUUUCCAUCGAGUAGCGGCGAGCGAACGGGCGCGUGUCACUAACACACACCACACUAACUCCCGUGUACGGCGGUCACAUCACAACAAGCUAACCCUCUCCCAAGGUGUGUGUGUGUUUAUCUUUUUUCUACAUCGUAGAGUAGUGUUUUUUUUCUACGAAUCGACGCGCGAUGACGGUACUCGAGUCGGUCACGUGCGAACCCGCGUUCGAUCUCGAACGCGCGCUUGUUUCUUCGUCGCCAGGAGUCUCGGCCGAACGUUUAGUGCUUUGCCAGUAGCAGACGUCCCUCAGCUGAUUUAGCAGACGAGUCUAUGCAGCUGUCUCUCCCACCAACGACCUAGUUUUUCUGCUGCACGCACCGCUUGUGUCUGCUUGUUUGUAGUCGCUAGCGUAAUCGCUUUUCCUCGCCGAGAUGGCGCCACUCCCUGGGGUCGUUACGUGGUGCCCGACGAUCAACUGACGGCUGCGAGCGCACUCUCUCUCCUCAUCUCUCUCCAUUCUGCUCUCUCUCUCUCUCUCCUC